AUGAUGCACUUGAGGACCAAGUCGGCUCCUGAGACACUGACUGUGUCCUGCAGAGGGAACUCAAAGACCGGAGACUCCAGGGGGUCCUCACCGGCCGAGACGUACGAGUCGUCUGAGGAGUCUGUGAGAGGAAGCAGCUUGCAGCCCCUCUGUGUGCGCCCCAGUGCAGCACCUCUGUGUGCGCCUCAGUGCAGCACCUCUGUGUGCGCCUCAGUGCAGCACCUCUGUGUGCGCCUCAGUGCAGCCCCUCUGUGUGCGCCUCAGUGCAGCACCUCUGUGUGCGCCUCAGUGCAGCACCUCUGUGUGCGCCUCAGUGCAGCCCCUCUGUGUGCGCCUCAGUGCAGCCCCUCUGUGUGCGCCUCAGUGCAGCCCCUCUGUGUGCGCCUCAGUGCAGCCCCUCUGUGUGCGCCUCAGUGCAGCACCUCUGUGUGCGCCUCAGUGCAGCACCUCUGUGUGCGCCUCAGUGCAGCACCUCUGUGUGCGCCUCAGUGCAGCACCUCUGUGUGCGCCUCAGUGCAGCACCUCUGUGUGCGCCUCAGUGCAGCACCUCUGUGUGCGCCUCAGUGCAGCACCUCUGUGUGCGCCUCAGUGCAGCCCCUCUGUGUGCGCCUCAGUGCAGCACCUCUGUGUGCGCCUCAGUGCAGCCCCUCUGUGUGCGCCUCAGUGCAGCACCUCUGUGUGCGCCUCAGUGCAGCACCUCUGUGUGCGCCUCAGUGCAGCCCCUUUGUGUGCGCCUCAGUGCAGCCCCUCUGUGUGCGCCUCAGUGCAGCACCUCUGUGUGCGCCUCAGUGCAGCCCCUCUGUGUGCGCCUCAGUGCAGCACCUCUGUGUGCGCCUCAGUGCAGCACCUCUGUGUGCGCCUCAGUGCAGCACCUCUGUGUGCGCCUCAGUGCAGCACCUCUGUGUGCGCCUCUGUGCAGCACCUCUGUGUGCGGCUCUGUGCAGCACCUCUGUGUGCGCCUCAGUGCAGCCCCUCUGUGUGCGCCUCAGUGCAGCACCUCUGUGUGCGCCUCUGUGCAGCACCUCUGUGUGCGCCUCAGUGCAGCCCCUCUGUGUGCGCCUCAGUGCAGCACCUCUGUGUGCGCCUCAGUGCAACACUUGUGUGCGCCUCAGUGCAGGACCUCUGUGUGCACCUCAGUGCAGCACUUGUGUGCACCUCAGUGCAGGACUUCUGUGCAGGACCUCAGUGCAGCACCUCUGUGUGCGCCUCAGUGCAGCACUUGUGUGCACCUCUGUGCAGGACCUCUGUGCAGGACCUCAGUGCAGCACCUCUGUGUGCGCCUCAGUGCAGCACCUCUGUGCAGCACCUCUGUGUGCGCCUCAGUGCAGCACCUCUGUGUGCACCUCAGUGCAGGACCUCUGUGCAGGACCUCUGUGCAGCACCUCUGUGUGCGCCUCAGUGCAGCACCUCUGUGUGCGCCUCAGUGCAGCCCCUCUGUGUGCGCCUCAGUGCAGCGCCUCUGUGUGCGCCUCAGUGCAGCGCCUCUGUGUGCGCCUCAGUGCAGGACCUCUGUGCAGGACCUCUGUGCAGCGCCUCUCUGCAGGCUUCUACAUCUGA